AUGCUUAAGCCGGUGAUGGCAGCAAGCGCUACUAGUAGUACUGUAGAUACACCCGCGCUGUUCGUGCAUACUGAAUUAUUGAUCUGGCCACUGCAAAGCACUCGGAAGAAUCAACACAUUGUUGCCAUCACCUGGUCCCGGCUGGCUUCCGUGGAUAAUUUCCCCACUCUAAACCCCCCAUACUUUGUUCCUUCUACGGUACCAGGGGGGUGCCUCAAAUCAACUUACUAUUUCCGGCAACAUCUUGGACAAUCUGGAAAAAUGUUUUACCACUUUCUACUGUCUUCAACCGACUUCCACCGCCUUCAACCGCUUGAAUUACCGCCUGUUUUGCCACCUUUUACCACCUUUGAUCACGCUUUACCGGUACGACCACCUCUUACCGCUCUCCACCGCCUCUUGCCGCCUUCCACCACCGUAUUUUUCGGCGAUAAUGCGGGAAAACGCGAGAUAGGACAUUCAGAGAUGAUUUGA